CAGCGAGUCCCUCUGCAGUCAACUAUAAAGAGAGCAGCUUUCCCUCGAGCAUCCAGACAAGAAAAAUAGACACCAUCCAGCAUCUCACAAAGAGUCUCCGCAUUCACAUCCCCUUACUCCAACCCUCAAAGCAAUUUACAAUGCAUUUCGCCUCGUCAACCGCUCAACUCAUCGCCGGGCUCGCCCUCGCGGCCCUCCCCGUCGCCCACGGCGCCAUCUCCAUCGGCAACCAGAUCCGAGAGGGAGGCACGCACUUCAACGUCGCGUGGGUCGAGGGCCUGAGCCCCUGCACCACCGACGUGUCCAUCGCGCCCGAGAGCGCCAGCGUCUGCAACCGCAACUUCCGGCUCGACGGCACCGACUACUACCUGGUCGGCUGCUCCGGCGGCAAGCCGUACGCGCAGAACCCCAAGAGGCUGCGCCGCGCCAAGGACAACUCGCUCUACGGCACUUGCUCCGCCGUGUCAAAGAAGGAGAUUGACUGCAAGGGAAACACCCACAACGUGAUCAAGCGCUACGUCUGCGGCUAAUCGUCGUAAGGCUUUGUGGCGGCCUCGGCCCGUGUGCUCUCUGCCGAUUGAUGGGCCCGGCGAGUGGCGGACCCUGCCGUCUGAGAAAUUGCUGUUGGAAUCCACCUUGGGGCAUGGGCCUGUGGGAGGGACGUUUUUGAGCGACCUUUCUUACUCUUGUGAGUGUCUAUUUGCACAAGCUCAAGGCACAAGUUACUGGUGUGGCUCAUAGGGUAUGUAAAUCUAUUUCGUUCUACUCAGGCUCUUGAAAUACACGACAACGCCUGUUUUCGGUCCGAAUUAAGACGUGAC